AUGCUUCUCAGCUCUCAAUACAAAAUUAUCAUCUACCUCUUCCCUCUCCUCACACCAUCAAUAUAUGCAGAAACAACACAGAUAUGUGAUUCUACAAAUGCAACAACGAAAUCUGGAAGAUACACAUUCUUCCCAGAUAUCACAACGACUGAUAAAGAUGGGUAUCAAUGUACAGAUUUCUCCCUCGCCGACGAAAACAGCGGAAGCGUAGGUUCAACAACUCAAUUCAACACCACUUUCUCCUGGUCCUCCCCCGAUAUCUCGACCCCGCACUCCUUCCCCUCCCUAGCCCUCAAUCUCCCCUCCAUCCUCCCCGUCUCUAUUUCCAACAUUUCCCUCUUCCCACUCACCAAUAACUGGGCUCUCUACCCCGGCAAUCCUCUCCACACCAUUUCCGCCACCACCCCCGAUUCCUUACUAAACGCAUCCGUCAUCGCAGCCUGCUACCUGAACAUCUAUCUCGAUCUCGAGCCCUCCCUCUCCCUCGACAAACGAUUCUCCGCCACCAAAAUCUCCAUCUGGCAAGCCAACUACGGCGGCUUAAUCCCCCUAGGUUACAACGACACCGCAUCCACCAUCACCAGGCCGGUCAUAAACCUCGCGGGAAUCUCCUACACUCUCUACGUAUCGCAAACCUCCCCAUCCACUUCCUCUUUCCCCACUUCGAAUUUGAGUUCCUCCACAGUAGCAAACGAUGAACCACGAGUCCCACAGACAAUAUACACAUGGUAUCCCUCCAUCAACGCCACCACGCUCACCGCAAUGGAUAUCUCCCCCCUGCUCAAUUAUCUCUGGAGAGAAGUAUACAUCUCGAGUAACGCGUAUGUAGGAUUUGUAGAGUGGGGAUUAGAUGCGCGGAAUGGUAAUGGGAAUAUCACGUGGAGUGUGUAUGAAACGGGGAUGACUGUUAAACCAGGGACCCCAGUGAGAGCUGUGGGCAUGGGCAGGAGGAAAGAGGUGGGAAGGGGCGAGAUGCUGGCGUUGGUGGGCUUGUUUUUCGGGGCUGUGAUGUUGUUUGGGUAG